AUGAAUGACAAUCAAUAUGAAAUAUUAAUUGAAUUUGAUUUAUUUACAUCAUUUACAAUUCAAUUAGAUGAUAAAAUAUCUACUGUACAAUAUUUACCACCAUUAUCUCUUAUAAUUAAUUAUCAUGAUGAAUAUCCAAGUGAUGAUCCACCAUCAUUUAUUCUCUCAUGUUUUUAUUUUUCUACAAUUGAUUUAGAAAACCUUUGUCAAAAAAUUGAUAAUUUUUCGUUUAUUCCAGGUGAAGUUUGUGUUUAUGAUUGGAUUGAAUUAAUAAAACAAGAAAUAACAAAUAAAUUUAUUAUUCGUACAAAUUUUGAAGAACAACAAAAUGAUCCACGAGCAUUAAAUGGUUAUACAAUGGAAAAUGUUAAAAAAAUUUUUCAAUAUUUAAUUGAUUAUAAUCAAAAGCGCCAAGAAGAAGUAUUUCGAAAUCGACUUCAAUCAUGUUCUAUUUGUACAGAUAUUAUUCCAGGUAUAGAUUGUAUUCGUCUUCAUCGUUGUGGACAUUUUUAUUGUCGUACUUGUUUGAAUCAUUAUAUUCGAAUGACACUUGACAAUGGAAAAUUUGGAGAAAAUCUUCUUUGUCCACGAGAUCAUUGUAAACAAGUUUUACUUCCAACAGAAAUAAAACAAACUAUUCAAAAUGAAAAAUUAUAUGAAAGAUAUGAACGAUUAACAUUGCAACAUGGACUUGAAUCAAUGAAGGAUAUUGUUUGGUGUCCAAGAUGUCAAUCACCUAUUAUUAGUAGUCCAGAAGAUGAUAAUCUAGCUAUAUGUGAUCAAUGUCAUUAUACGUUUUGUAAAAAAUGUUAUGAAACAUAUCAUUUUCAAACAAUAUGUCCUAAAGAUUAUUUAAUUGAACAAAUGAAAUUACUAAAACAAAAAGAACUUAAACAACUACAAAAAGAAAAAGAAGCUACAUUCGCUAAAUUAAAUAAAACAAAAGGACAGAAAAAAACUUGGAAUGAACAAAUUCCUACACAAAGAUAUCGUCAUAUUUUUAUUAAGCUCUCUGAACAAAAUACUUUAUUACAAGAAAUAUUAACUGCUGAACGAAUCAAUGUAGAUGAUAUUCAAUUUUGUCCUAAAUGUCAUGUAGCAAUCGAAAAGAAUGGUGGUUGUUCACAUAUGCGAUGUACACGAUGUAAUUUCGAUUUUACAUGGCAAACAAAACAAGAACCAACACAAACGAUUAUUACUCCAUAUUUGGAACAUAAUGAUUCCACAAAAAUUGAAUCUAUAAAAGAAGAACUCAACAAAGUAGCAUACUUAGUAAUCGCUGUGAACGUUUACAAAAGUUACUUCGCACAAUUAUUUGAACUUCAUUGGAGACGUUGGUUAACAAAUUACUUCAUAACAAAUUAUCUAGCAGAACAUGCCUAUUAUGGAGCUUCUUUCAAGACAAAUCGUGAGGAUAAUCCUGAUCAGAGAAUAUCUGUUGAUAUUGCGUCGUAUAUUACACAUACUUGUAAUUUGACCAUUGGUGCAACACAUGCAAUAGCUUCAUUUAUUUCACAUGUGUUUAUUCUAUGGUCUUUAUCGGGUGUGAUCGAAAUUCAUGUAACAGAAUAUGUUUCGUAUAAAAUACCAGGUGGUAUGAUGUGGAUAGCCAUUUGUUAUGCCGCACUCGGUCCAUCCGGUUGUGGAAAAUCAACUCUACUUCGAAUACUUGCUGGGAUUUGGCCGUACGGUCAUGGAAUAAUCACUAAGCCCCUGAGCGACACUAUCGAAUUUAUUCCUCAGAAACCUUAUUGUCCACUUGGAACUCUUCGUCAUUGUUUUACUUAUCCAUCGACGACGCUGCGACCAUCAAAGGACGAUGCAAAUAUCGAGCGAAUAUUGCGUCUUUGUCAACUCGAAUCGUUAGCAAACCGCCUAGAAGAUAUUGAAGAUUGGUCUCUUAUAUUGUCAUCGGGCGAACAGCAGAAAAUGAUUUUCGUUCGAAUUCUUCUUCAUCAACCGAAAUGGAUCUUUUUAGAUGAAGUAACAUCAUCGUUAGAUGAACGAUCUGAAACACAUUUAUAUUCGACUUUACUUCAAGAACUCGGUUCGCAUUCAACCAUUAUUAGUGUUGGACAUCGGAAAAAUCUGCAACAAUUUCAUCGAAUUAAAUUGGAAUAUACUAACGG